AUGAAACUAUUAAUUUUUAUAUUGGGCGUGGUUCAUUUUAUAUCGUCUGCGGAGAUUUAUCCAGAGAGAUUGGAGACAAUAAUUCGCAGUACCAAGUAUAUAAAAAACAUCAACUUCAAGUUCAGAAGACAUACUCGCAACAGCCCUUAUUACAUUGACUUUGAUUACAACGCUGUAUGUGGUUACGGGAACAAUUUGACGCUCAAAUGGAAGUUAUUUGAAUACAUAAGUGGACGCUAUGUACCUGUACCAGUGCAGUUUGAGUAUAGACUAUGUGACUUUUUAUACAAAGACCCAUUUUUCGGACAGAUGUACGCGAAGCAAUUGCCAGGAAACUGGACGUGCCCUUUUCCUCCAGGUAAAAGUCCCUUCAAAAACUUAGUGAUGCAUAUAGAGAACCUGCCACUAGUACCCUUCACGUAUUCGUCACUGAUUGUGAGGACCCGUGCUGAUCUCAUUAUAUUCAUGGAAGAAGAAAUAGCUUUGGUAAAGAUAUAUUUACAAGUCAGGCAGAUGUUGAAGAAGUCUCUUACGAAUGGAUAAAAAAGGUACCAUCGACACUAUUGUCUGCUGAAUAACUUUGAAUCUUAGCGUGUAGCAAUAAAGUUUAAAUUAGUUAGUCGAAAAAUUACGGGAGUUUUACAAUUUGUGUUUAUAAUAUAAUAUAAAAUUUAUUUUGGGCAAAGUGGAUACAAUAAUAAGAAUAAUAAACGA